UUGGCGGGAGUGGGGUUGCGUAUACACAAAUGGCCGAAAUGUUUCAUCGAAGAUGUGGAGAUCGUGUUAAUUUGAUAAACAACAAUUGCACGGCAGUGCGAAAUUUUUCGGAAUAUAAUUAUGGUCUGGUAUUGAGUGCUGAGCCGCUUAAGGAUGACGAGCUAUUUGAAAUCCGCAUCGACAAGAAGAUGAUAUCAUGGAGUGGCAGUAUAGAAAUUGGAGUAACAUCAUGCGAUCCAGAGAGUAUGGAACUGCCAGCCUGUGCUACCAAGCUUCGUCAUGGAUCAUGGAUUAUGUCAGGCUUGGGUAUUGUACAUGAUGGGCAGCCAAUUCUUGAAAUUUAUGGCACUGAUCUUGAUACUUUGGAAGAAGGAGACACCCUUGGAGUAAUGCGAUCAUCUAACGAUGAACUAAUAUUCUAUGUAAAUGGUACGUCUCAAGGGAUAGCUGCAACAAAUAUCCCUUCACGCGUAUUUGCUGUUAUUGACAUGUACGGCAAUUGCGUUCAAGUAACAAUUACUCAUCCUCGACCAGCGCUUGGAUCCAGUGAGCCAAAAGAAGAACCAGAAAUUAACAACGAUUAUCCAUUGGGGGAAGCAUCAAGUUCCUCUACAACAAACAUUGUUGCCAAUCUGAAUGUCAAUCUAAAUGUUAAUGUUAAUGUUGAUGUAAACGUAAAUCUUCGUAAGAAUCCAAGUCUUGCAGCUAUAAGAGAAGAUCGCCUGAGGUUUCAUGAAAGAGUUGGUUCCUUGGUGAAAUUAUCUAACAAUGCCAGAACAGCAGAAAGACAGAGGCCUCUUGAUGAGUUUAAUAAUGGAGUAGUAAUGACCCACAGGCCACUAAGAGAUAAUGAACUUUUCGAGAUUCGAAUAGACAGAUUAGUUGAUAAAUGGUCUGGCAGUAUAGAAGUUGGAGUUACAACUCAUAGUCCUACCGCAUUAGACUUCCCAGCAACAAUGACUAACAUGCGUUCCGGUACUACAAUGAUGUCUGGUUGUGGUAUUUUAACAAAUGGGAAAGGUACACAACGCGAGUAUGGUGAAUUUAAUUUGGAUGAACUUAGGGAGGGUGAUAGGGUUGGAAUGAUAAGAAGGGGCAAUGGAAAUCUUCAUUAUCUCAUAAAUGGUUUAGAUCAAGGAAUUGCUGCAAAGGUUCCCGCUGGUAUAUGGGGCGUUAUAGAUCUGUAUGGAAUGACUGUGAAAGUAACUAUUGUCGAUCGCGAUGAAAGAGAAGAACAGAAUUUGGUUACUCGACGAAAUACAUUGCAUCUUCAAGGAUUAAAUGGCGAAGAACCAGGAGAGGAUGAACCACUUGAUAGACUGAUGUUUCAUAUGUGUUGUGGGACACAUGCGGAUGUUAUUAAUAACGGAAGGACUGCACACAGGCCUAAUGCCAUGGAUGAUUUUAAUAAUGGAGUGGUCCUAACUUCCAGACCGCUAAGACCAAAUGAAUUGUUUGAAGUAAAAUUAGAUAAAAUUGUAACAAAAUGGGCAGGCUCUAUAGAGAUUGGAGUAACUACACAUUCCCCGACCGAAUUAGAAUUUCCUUUCACAAUGACCAACGUUCGAACUGGCACAUGGAUGAUGACUGGCAAUGGCGUGAUGCAUAAUGGAACAACAAUGAUCGAUCAAUACGGUCAAAAUCUUGAUCGUCUGCAAGUUGGCGAUCGUGUUGGAGUGAUGAGAAAAGAUAAUGCAACACUGCACUUUUAUGUUAAUGGAGCGGAUCAGGGAGCUGCCGCGAUGAACGUCCCUGAGAAGGUUUACGGCGUCAUUGAUUUAUAUGGACAAGCUGCUCAGGCAACUAUUGUAGAUGUUACUGACUUUUACAGUCCGACUACUAACAAUUCUAGCUUUAGUAAUACAACUUUAUACAGUGAUCUACGAUUUCAUCAUGUUCAUGGUAAAAAUGCAAGAAUUACAAAUAAUGGUUUGACAGCAUCCAGACCUCGGGCGUUAGGCGAAUUUAAUGAAGCUAUUGUAGUCGCCAACAGAGCUUUAAGAGAUGGCGAAAUGUUUGAAGUGUCUAUCGAUAAAAUGGUCAACCGAUGGUCCGGUGCCAUUGAAGCAGGAGUUACAGCUAUAAGGCCAGACGAAUUGGAAUUUCCUUCCACGAUGACUGAUAUAGAUCACGAUACUUGGAUGUUGUCUGGAUCUACUGUUAUGCGUGACGGCGUGACUGUUCGAAAUAAUUAUUCUUGUGAUUUGGAUAAACUUAUGGAAGGAAAUCGAAUCGGUAUGAUGAGACAUCCAGAUACCAGCUUACAUUAUUAUUUAGACGGUGUAGACCAGGGUGUUGCCUGCACAGGAUUGCCGUUACACGUGUAUCCUGUGAUUGACUUAUAUGGUCAAUGUGCUCAAGUAACCAUUGUUCUUCCCGAACGUAGAGACACUAUGACCCAACAAUACUUGCCGUCAGAAAAUAGCACAAGCCAACAACCUACGUCCGUAAUACAACCCCAAGCUCAAGCUGAAAUAACUCAUAAAUUUCAUGAGUCUGUGGGAGUAAAUAUUCAAUUAAAUUUUGAACGCAUUGUUGCGACACGUUGUAGAGAAUAUGACAAUGCCGUAUUGUUGAGUGAAUGUGCUUUGGAAAAUAAUGAAAUUUUUGAGAUUGCAAUUCAAGAAGUAGCCCGCGAAUGGAGUGGAUCUCUUAGAAUAGGUGUUGUAAGUUAUGAAGAUGGAAAUUGGUUGACUUCUAUGAAUCUCGUACCCGCAAUGACGUCGAUACUAGCUGAUGCUUGGUAUUUAAUAGGAAACGAAGUAAGACAUAAAGGAUACGUACUUUGCCUAAAUUAUUGUCCAAGUUUGGACUGGCUUCGUGUCGGGGAUAAAAUCGGAAUGAAACGUACUCAUGACGGACAUUUGAAAUUCUAUGUAAAUGGAGAAGAUAUGGGAGUAGCAGCUUCUAAUGUUCCCGAGAUGGUCUAUGCGAUAAUUGAAUUAUUUGGAAGCACGCUAGCAGUGAGCAUUACUAGUAGCAAACAACAGAACGCUAUAAUUUCACCAAAUGCCAGUUUACGAUUACAAGAUUCCUUAGAGUUACUGUUGGAUCCAAUGCCUCCAACUAUAAGAAAUGACGCUGGUAUGGAUACAUCUAUUGAUGUAUCUGAAGCUAAAUUGUUAAAUGAAAUGGCGCUCACCCCUACACAGCCUAUCAUUAAUUCUACUGGAGAAUUUGAUUGGAAUUACGAAUUUCAUGAGAAUCAUGGAAGAAAUGUGGAAGUAGAAAGAAAGACAAUUGCUAGAAGAGUUGCAAGUUAUAAUCAAGGUGUAGUGAUGACUAGUCGCCCAUUGAUAAAGGGUAAAUUAUUCCAAGUGAAAGUGGAAAAAAUAAAUGAUCGCUGGGUAUCCGGUAUGCUGUGCGGAGUAACAUGUAUUUCUCCAGAAAAAGCUAGCUUCCCUCUGACAGCUCUCGGAUUUAAAAAGCAUUCAUGGAUCAUUUGUGGUGAUUGGAUUUCUCAUAAUGGUACUAAGGUUAAAACGAGGUAUGGAGCAAAUUUGGAAAAUCUUCAAAAUGGAUUUAUUGUGGGUUUGCUGGUCGAUGAAGACUCUAGGUUGCACUUAUACAUAAACGGUUCGGAUCAGGGUAUAGCUGCAACAGAUUUGCCACCGUAUGUGUAUGCAGUAAUUGAUUUGUAUGGGCAGUGCGAGCAAAUCUCCAUUUUUGGGUCUUUAGCAGAACCAUCGUACACGAGUAACGAUACACACAACAUGGCUAUUGCAGCCUCUGUAGAGAGUACAGGUAUUGAGUGCGAGGACGUUGAAAAUUCGAGAGAAAAGGCUGAUCUCGAGUGCCACGAGAAGGAAAAUGCAGUGCCGGCCACACCGUCGAACUUAUCUUUAAACAUCCCAAGUCAGAGUGACGCAAGUGCCAGUGAUAGCGCCCAUGUGAAUUGUAUUGGACCGUACCCGUCGCAGAGCAAUAACAUCACAAAUAUUAAUAAUAUUAUACAAAACAAAGCAAUGUCGAGCAGCGUACAUUCGGACAGUAAUAAUUCGGACACGGGCUCGGAAUUAAGCAACGACGCGCGAAGCAAUUUGUCAGAGAAUAGUAAAAUCAAGAAUCAUGGCGACAAUGCAAACAACACAAAUGAUUACAAUGCAAUAUCGAAUAAUCAAUCGGAGAAUAAUACGAAUGAGUUGAACAAUGAUGUUGAGAAUCAUGGUAUAGCGAGUGUUCUAGGUAUGAGAAGUGAAUGUACAAAUGUAGAAAUAAAUAAUGCAACGAAUAUUAAUAUUAAAAAUGGCACAGCUGCCAAUACUAGUAAUAUGUCGACGUUAAAUACGGCCAUUAAUUCAACAAACGCUAAUAACGCGAUAAACGAGAGUAUUGCGUCGAAUAGUCAAACUAAUAAUAUGGCAACCUCCCAGCAGAAUAAUAUCUCAAACAAUAUUCUCACCACAUCUCAAAAUAAUACUACACCCUGCCAAAAUGUCAUACCGAAUUUGCAAAACAAUGUCACGUCCGGUUCAGUAAACAACGUUUCAUCUAGCACUCAAGAGAUACAUUCGAAUGUAAUUCGACAAGCUCAAAUACCAAAUAACUGUCUGACGAAUUCAAUAGUUACAAGUCAUACUGCACUGCAGAAUUCGUCCUUGAUGCCAUCAAUACAAGUUACUUCUCUGCCGUCCACUCCACUCGCCACCUUAGUUACGCCUACCAAGAAAUGUGAAUAUAUGAAAGCUUGUGUACGAUUAAAAAAGUCUCUCGUCUUGCCUGAUGAAUUCUUCUCGCCCGAGGAAAUUGUUUGCUACUGUUGUUCCUGUCAUAAAGUCGAUGGCGAUACUGCAAUUUGUCGAAAAGGCGAGCCCCCUGCAGAAUUUGCCAUUCCUGUAGGUUGGGCUAGGUUUCCUUUGAAGCAAAGCAUUAAUGUCACUCAGGUCCCGCAAACUACAUUGGAUAAGUGGCAUGUGGCUUUCUAUGGAACGCGGUUGGACGCUAUUCGAUGGAUCCUAGAUAGAGGAGAACUGUUGACCAAGGAACAGUUACAUAUGAGUACAUUGACAACAGGUAUUAAUAGUGAGGAUGUGAAUCCACAAGUGGUAUUUUCACCAAACAUUAAGUACGCAGCAUCCGAGGAAUUCACGACAAGAUAUCCAUACAUUGACACCCAAUCCAAUAAAAAACUUAAUGCCUCAACAGCAUUCCAAUUAUUAGUAAGACCUGGAUCAUAUACAAUGAGUCCUGGUAAAGAAAGUACAGAUCAACAGUCAGAAUGUACUGAAUGGGCUACCAAGGAAGCUGGAGCUACAGUGAUCGUAGCACUUCUAAUUCACCUGGAUGGUUUCUAA